UAAACUUUCACCCUCACAAACAUCACAGAGUUUUAGGAAAUCGCAAGGCAUUCAAGCUUCGCUUGAUCCACGUUUCAUGAGUCGUCUUCUAGAAUGCUUACAUGAGGUGAAGCAGUUCAGAAUUCAUUGUCUCAUGAACUGAACAUUUCUGAAGUAAGAAAACAUGGUCUGUAUCAUGAUCAUUGCAAUUCUGAUUUACACAGCAGCUGCAGGAUUAAAUAUCUCCCAGCCUUUGACCUUAACAACCAAUACGUCAGAUGUGGUUUUGCACUGCCCCUUUUCAUUGCCAGCAAAUACUGAAGAAUUCAAAGCUGUUCUGCAUAGGAACUACAGUCAAGGUUCAUUUAUCUGUGGCAGUACCUUCAACAUCACAAGCAAGGUCACUUCACCACAUAAUGGAUCACAGUGCAUUGUUACAGCAGAUAACACCACGCUGUCAUUCUUCCUGUCAAACCUCACACCUAAAGAUACAGCUGUCUAUGAGUGCAUAAUAGAAGUGAUGUACCCACCUCCAUAUCAGAAAAAAUAUGGAAAUGGAACACUAAUUGAUGUCAAUGGUGUUCCACCAUCACCUGUACCAUGUGUGCCAAAUGAUAUCUCAUGGAUAUACCUGGCAGUUAUAUUAGUCCUUGGAAUAUAUGGCAUUUUCAUGACAGGCUUGAUGAUUAUCUGCUGGAAGAAGGGUAAGGUGAAUGGAUAUGGACAAGCUGACUAUAUGAAUAUGACACCACGAAGACCAAUAAACCAGAAGUACCACCCAUAUGCACCACAGCCAAGAACAUAUCCGAAAUAUUGCUGAUCAAUUACAAUGGAUGAUAACUGAUGAUUCCGAAUUUCUAUUCUGCAACUGUUUAGUUGAAAUAAUUUUCACAUUUUGCUCUUAUGGACCAAAUGAUACUUAGUCAGAUAAUCAUAUUUAUUUUUUUCUUAACGUAUCUGCAUGUUUUCACAAAAUUAUGAGUUUUAUCAUAGGGUAGUACUAGGCUAACUGCCCUUGCGAGCCAUUUUAAGCCUAGACAAUUAUCUCUUGUGAGAUUCAAACCCUGCAUCUUGUGUUUGUAAGGCAAACACCUUAACCAUUAGGCCACCCUCCUAACCACUCAUAGCACACAGUUCUUACAGGCAGAACUAACACAAAUGCUGAUAGCUGCUGGUUGAUUUUUCAUCUUUGUUGGAUAGUCAGACCAGUUGUGAUAAUCCAACAGUAAGGAAACUUAUUUUUAUGGCAGCAAAUUGAGAUUUCAGAAGCCAUUCUGUUACUCACACUUUUCUUAAAUCUGAAAAAAAUACACUGUGACAUGGUCAGAAUGCUGUCUUACCUUCUGCAGAUAGCAAAAAUGAAGUCACAGUUUUAAAACAAAUACUGUAGUUGCAUCAGAAUAUGCCAUGUUAGGGAAGUAUAUGAAAAUAAAAUACACUCUUCCCAAUAAGAUAAUUAAAGAAUACUAGGUAAUGAUAUAAAAGCUCUUCUCUGGGAGUGGUGUAAAUCAUCACCUCCCAUCUUCAAGUGAGGAAAAGGGAUACAGGUGUCUGCAGAAAAUGAGACGAAUUUUAAAUAAUUUAAAUUCUAUGCAGAGAAAGGUUGGGAUAAUUGCACAUAUGCCCUCAAGGGGUGUGCUGUGGAACUAAACAAGCUAGUGUUUAGCGGCAACAUCUUCUUACCUUCCACAUGCCUGUGCAACAACCUCUUUGUUCUUCUUUUUCUUCUGAUCUCUACUUAUUCUGGUUCCAUAGUUACAGAGUUCAGGCCCUGGGUUAGUAUAUUCUGAAAUGCGAAAUUCACUGGCUUUCUGGAAGGGUGAUGUUAUUUACUGACAUGGUUUGUUUGAUUAUAUCUGCUACAAUUUU